AUGCGGAGCGCCCCGGCCGCCGGGCUCCUGCCGCUGCUUCUGGGGCUGCGGCUGCUGCUGAGUGGCGGCGCCGCGGCUCAGUACUCCAGCGACCUGUGCAACUGGAAGGGGAGUGGCUUAACUCAUGAGUCUCACAAGAAGGAUGUUGAACAGGUCUACCUCCGCUGUUCUGAAGGGUCGAUAGAGUGGAUGUAUCCCACAGGAGCCCUCAUUGUCAACCUGCGACCCAAUACUUCACCUGCCUCUUACAAACACUUGACUGUUUGCAUAAAACCCUUCAAGGACUCUGCAGGAGCAAAUAUUUAUUUGGAAAAAACUGGAGAACUGAAACUCUUGGUCCGAGAUGGAGAUCGCAGCCCCAGUAAGGUGUAUUGCUUUGGCUAUGAUCAGGGGGGCCUGUUUAUUGAGGCCACUCCUCAGCAGGACAUUAGCAGGAAGAUUACAGGCUUCCAGUACGAAUUGAUGAGCAAGGGGAUGGCAUCUGAUUUGCACACAGUUUCUGCUCCCUGCCGACCAUGCAGUGACACAGAGGUCCUCUUGGCUGUCUGCACUAGUGACUUUGUGAUCAGAGGCUCCAUUCAGGAUGUGACAAACCAGGCAGAAGAGCAAGAGUCCGUAAUUCUCGUCAGUGUAAACAAACUGUACAGGCAGAAGAGCAAAGUCUUUCAGCUCACAGGGGAGAGUGGGAACUGGCGAGGACAAAUAAAGACCCUGCUGGAGUGUGGGGUGAAACCAGGAGACGGUGACUUCCUUUUCACAGGACGCAUGCACUUUGGGGAGGCCAGGUUAGGCUGUGCCCCUCGUUUUAAAGACUUCCAAAGGAUGUACAAAGAGGCAAAAGACAAAGGGCUAAACCCAUGUGAAAUUGGCCCAGAUUGAACUCCCCUGUUUGGCUGAAGAUUGCUUUUAACAUCAGGUCAGGAAUAUUUCCUGGCCGUGGUGAAAACUCUGAACAAAACUGGUAACUGAGAGCAUGACCAGAUCUGGAGUGCAGGCUGAGACCCCACAGGACACAUCUGCAGCCUGCAGUGCUGUUAGACUGGUGGAAGCUACAGAGGUACGAGCUCAGAAGGCUGCCAAGCAAGCAA